ACAGUGCAACCACUUCUGUCCUGGAACCAAUGCAAGAAUAUGCACCUCCACAACAAAGCAUAUGGAGUCCUGAGAGCAGUGGAAAAAUAGAGGCUGAAAAUUUAUGGGCUCGUACUGAGCCUUUAAAAACAGACCCAAUAAGAAAGGAUCUAAGUUGGAGGUUUGCUUUUAUUUGUUGUGGAACAGCGGGAUAGUUUUGCCAACACGUGCAUAUCCAUGUAAUUUUUACUCUCCCUUUUUGAGUGAGUGAGUGUUUCGCAUCCUGGUGCGGGCUCUGAGGAGGACUGCGCAUCACCAGAGUUGGUGCCGAAGUUCGGCCGCGAACGGAUGUGAGGGAAGAGUGUAUCGAGAAAGUCAACCCACUUCUUUUUCUUUCUCUUUUUGUUUGCUUAGACAAUAGUGAGUCAAAGACACUGAAACUGAUUUCAUGCCUUCAGUCUUGCAUACUCUGAGAUGGACGUGAGAUUUUACCCUGCGCCCCCAGCAAGUGUGGGUUCAUGCUCCCUACCGACUGAUCCAAGUUGUCUGAGCUCGCUGGACUAUUACCACUCGAACAAGGCCUGGUACAGUGCGGGUGAACGAGGGGUUAGGCUCCACAGUAUCCCCCCUGCAGGCUCCAACGCAGCUGGGAAAAGACUGCCCACUGCUGGGUUUGAUGGUGACAACAUGUACAUGAAUGACAAUAACCAGGAGUUUCGGUCACCAAACCAGAACUACUCCAGUCAGGGUAGAGGCAGCAACAGCGGGGGAGGAGGAGGAGGAGGAGGAGGAGCCGGGGAUGAAGACUAUGAGAUUCCCCCCAUCACGCCCCCCAACCACGCCGACCCUUCUCUGCUGCACCUUAUGGAGCACGAGUCAAGUUACCCCUUCCACUCCCUGCCUCACAACGGCCUGCUCAACCCCUAUUCCUACCCUGAGCUGCCCGCCCUCAUGAUGUCCAACAUGCUGGGCCAGGACACACACCUCCUCUCUGGGCCUAUGCACUCGAUAAGCGGGGAGAAGCGGCCCUCAACGGAGAUGAUGAAGCCCAAGCCCAAACCCCAGAAGAAGAAGAAGAAGAAGGACCCCAAUGAGCCCCAAAAACCUGUGUCAGCCUAUGCGCUUUUCUUCAGAGACACCCAGGCAGCCAUCAAGGGCCAAAACCCCAACGCCACUUUUGGAGACGUAUCCAAGAUUGUGGCAUCCAUGUGGGAUAGCCUAGGGGAGGAACAGAAGCAGGGGUACAAGAGGAAAACCGAGGCGGCCAAGAAAGAGUACCUGAAAGCCUUGGCCGCGUACCGAGCUAGUCUGGUUUCCAAGACAUACAAUGACCCUGAACCAAAAAGUGCCCAGCAGACCAGCCAGCCCUCCCACCUGCUGCCCCCUAAGCAGCCCCUGUACAGCGUGCCCCCCCAGUCCUCCUCUCCCUACAUGGGCCCGCCGAGCUCCUUCCCCCUGUCGGACCUCCAGAGCUUCGCCGGACCCCCCCGCCACACCCUGGCCCGGACCCUAAGCCAAUCCCAGAUGCUGCCGCCCAGCAUGAGUGCCUCUCCCCCAGCUCCUUUCCAGAUCAGCCCGCCUCUGCACCCCCAUGCCCAGCUCUCCCUGCACCAGAGCCCCCUGCUCAACCAGCCAAUCCGCAUGCAGCAAGUGCAGUCGCAGCCAAUCAUCUCACACCAAAUGGGGCUCCAGGCGCCUCUGCAUUCCCCUCCUCUCAGCCAACAGGGAUUCUCCCAUAUUCAGGCUGACUACCAGAAUAGUGUGGGGGGCUCUCAGUCUCCGGGGGCCCCAAACCCAGUGCACGGCCAGAACCCUGACUGGGAUAGCGAGUACUGCAACAGGGACUGUGGACCCAACCACUGCGGCAGUGGCAUGGGAGCUCGGGACAAGCCUCUCUACCUCACUUGAAGUUGAAAGACCUCCAAAUGUCAGACUCCAGGGAGCUUUCCAACAUAACAACGUCAUCGAUGUAUCUGCUUCUCCACCAUUUUGUUUUUCCUUUUUUUUCUGAAGGAUUUCUAAAAUCCCAAAGACUGCUACAGUUACUUCACCUAUUUGCCAAGCACUUAGAUCGGACAGAAGCCUGAGGCACUUCUCUUGCUUUUUUUCCUUAUCAGUGAACUUUUCCAUUUUUGCGGGGGCAGUGAGCUUUAAGCUCAUGCCAACAUACUGGAUAUGAAGACCAAAAAAAAUGUCUUCUCGUUUUAUUUUGAAUUUUUUAAAGAUGUUUUCUCCCCUCUUCGCUCCAUUACUCUGUUCUGCCAUGGACUGCCCUCGUUGGGGAGAUGAAAUGCUCUAAGCAUACUCAAUGUGUAGGGGUCUUGGAUAGGAAGCUAAUGCUAGAAUAUAGUCACCUCAUCUGGGGUGGAUAUACUUCAACAAAGACUGAAUCACCCUGACUGAGCGAACGCAAAGCAAAACUUAAAUCAAAACAGUCACAAACACAUAAGACAUAUGUAAAUCAUCCUCGCUCCUAGUAAAGGACACCCUCAUUUCCUUUUUUGUUUCUCACAGAGUGAUUGUAAAUAUCACCAAAAUGGAUUCCCCUUAUGUGUGUAUUUAGCUGCAGUCCCUUGCUUUCAUUUUUUUUUCUUUGAUUUUUUUUUUUUUUUUUUUUUUUUUACAUUAUUUUUUGUUUGGUUAUGUGAUUUUUGUGCAGGCGGAUUCAGUGAGGGAAUACACACACUAAAACUUGUGUUGAAACUGUGUUCACUGGUCUUGCUUCUCUCCAAAUUAGAGAGAGAAAUACAAAGACUGUAAAAUGCUCCGGUUCCUCCAGUAGUUCCUGUACUGGAGGAGCUCUGAUAGAGAGUGUCACUCUCUUCACAUGGCCUCAGGACGCGACUGAACUGUAGAGGUCAAAGGUUGAAACCUCUCCUUUAACUCCUCCUCCUCCUCUCGGUCUUAGGGACCAGCCCCACCCCAAUGUCCCACACCCACACCCAACCCCACCCUCAUCCCGACACCACUUGUACAGGUGAAUUAAAAAAAAAAAAAAAAAAGUUGCUAAAUGUGAAAUGUUACUAAAGAAAAAAAACAUAACAGUGGGUUUUAAAAGUUUUUGACUAGUUUUAUUAGGUGUUUUAGAAUUGUGUUGAAUUCAUCUUUAUCAUUUUUUUGUGAAGAAAAAAAACGUAAGGCAUUUAAUUCUGAAGAUAUUUUUUUUUUGUUUUGUUUUUUCACUGUAGCAGGAUUUUCAGUUUCAGAGGAACGGUCAUGGGGAAUAGAUAUUUUCAUUUUGUGUAUAAACCUGCCAAAUGAACUUCUUUUAUUUGUAAAGCAAGUGAUGAGAGAUCCCAUUUUGUUUUGUUGAAUAUCAUAUGUUUUGCAAUAUGGUCAUUCUAUUUAAUUUGGUUGCAGGUUUCACAUCUAUUUAUGAAUGAUAUGAAGUAACAUUUUGGCUUUUUUUUCAUCAGGGUGCAUUAUUAUUAUUAUUAUUAUUAUUAUUAUUAUUAUUAUUGAUCAAGCAACAUAAUUAUUUGAAUAAUAAAUAUUUUUACAUCAAUUGCUGUUGGUGCAUUACUCGUGCACCAGCAUUAGAUUCAUUUUGUGUCACAAACGCUUCUUUUGUUUUCUUUUGUCUGUAAUAAAA